GCAAUAGUUAACGGCAGUUGCGUUUUUUCUUCAAUCUUAAAAUUUAUGAACUUUAGAUUUCUUUACGAAAAAUUAUCAUGACAAAUAGAUUAUGUUAAUUUUGGAAGUUAUUAUAGUUAAUUCAUCACCGCUAAAGGUCGUAACUGUAAAUAAACAAACAGAAAGCGCAGAGUGGGAAGGAAACUAAUCAACUGCGACAUUUUGAAAAAGAAAAGACGCGGCAAAAGAACGAUUAGUGAAUUAAUCUUUUUUUUUCUAAAAUAUAUCAAUACUAGGAUUUAAAAAUCAUCGGUUAUUAUAUAAAUUCCAAGUGAGCCAGGUAGGCAAAAAGACGUCAUAGGGAACGAUACGGAUUAAACAAGGAGCAAAGCCAAUAUUUUGCUACAAUGGAUGUGAGAAAUUGGAAAAAAGUCCUAUUGCAUUGGGUAACUGAAUGCGGUUUUGUUGCCGCUAAUUACUUCAGCUUGGAACAGACAGAUAUUGACGAAUUUUAUAGAAAUUUUCGCUUAAAUCACAAUUUAUUACAAAAGUCAGAAUCACAAGACAACGUAAUAAGUUUCUUAAUAGACCAAUAUGCCGAUUAUACUCCCCUACUGGACGAAGAAAAUACUAUCAGUUCAACAGAGUAUAUCUAUGUUUAUUCCCUAUUUUUACAUUUUUGUUGUGUAAAAUGUCCAGAAACAAAUUUUCAUGACAUCUGUAAGAGAUUGUCUGUAAACAACCAACGAAAUAUUGCUGCCUUCUUCAAUGAGUUAAUUGAUUGCCAGUCCAUAAACCGAGAAAAGCUGCGACAAGCUAUUGCUGGUACAGCUUCGCGAAGUAACAAUUCACCGGGUACAACAAGUGACAGUCAUUCCAGCAGCAAUAACUCAACGGGUACCACCAAUAAUUUUUCGUCAUCAGCUUUUCCCCGUCUAGAUUCACCAUGUCGACCGUCACGCUAUGCUGCAGGCAAUAGCAGUCCACGUAUUGUACCGCCAACCCCAAAAUCAGCAAUGUUGGAGGAGCGAACACGAGAGCUCUAUAAUUUGCGAGCACAACUGGAGACGGAGAGAUACGAAAAGGGGCUGCUGGAAGUGCAAAUAAAACAAAAUGAAGAAAAGAUGAAGAAAUUAAAUCAAGAUCAUAAAAAGCUGCACCAAACAAUUCAAGAUUUAAAAAACGAUAUACUCACGCAAAAUACAACAGAAAGCAGUUCCCCAAAAAAUAAAGAUGGAGAACAGAUGAAACGUCGUUUAUGCAGAGAAGUGACCCAAAAGGAAACCGAAAUAGCAAAACUCAACGAGGUGCUGGGAAAUCUAAGGGAGGAAAAGAAUUUGGUUCAGGAGAAGCUUGAUCAUGCUGAAAAACAAAUAAUGGUUUGCAUGAAUCGUAUUACAGAGCUGGACCUGAAAGUCGAUGAGCUUACUACUGAACUCGAGCAAAAAGAGUUCACCAUACAAUGUUUAAGUGAAAACAAACUGGAACUGGAACAGUUUAUAAAUGAGACGCGUUCAACGGGGAAUAAUUCGCGUCCUGAUUAUUUGGAUGCUUCAUUCUCGCCACCCACUGAUGGAAGUUCAAGUAGUCCGGAAAAUCUCGCACGCUCCGUGGUCGAUGUGCAGUUGCGCGAGAAGGAACACGAAAAUUCUGAAUUACGCGACGAAUUGUGCGCGCUAAGAAGCAACAAUAAACGUUUCGCCGAGUUAAUACGAAAAUUUACAACCAAACAUGCGCAGGAAUUCAACAUAGAAACAAGAAUUGGAGGAGCAGACGAGCACAAAGAAAUCACGCCAGCCGAUUGUCUCAAUCAUUUGGUUGACUAUGUCGAACAACUGGGUUCGUAUUAUAAAGACGAAAAGGGACGAGUGAAAGCCUUACAAGGUGAGCUACAGUCCAAGCAGCGACGUAACGAUGAACUCAGUCGCAGCCUGUUAGAGUUCGAGAAGGAGGUGGGCGCAUUGAAGGAACAACUAGAAAGUGUAGACAAUUUAAAUCUGGAGCUGGAGCAAGCGAAGAAGCGUAUGCAAGAAAAGAUAAUACGUUGCGAACAGGAGAUUGCCAACAUUACCGAGCAGAAAUACGAGUUGGUCGCCAGGCUCGACACGCUGGUCAAUGAUUAUGACACGCACAAGCAUAAGUGUGCCGCACAGCGUCAAGAAUACACGACAAAAAUUAAAAAUCUGGGUAAUGAAAUAUCAGACUAUGAAAAAGUCAAUGCUUCGAUACGGAAGGAAAACGAAGACUUGAACGACGAGGUGGCCACGCUGCAUAAGAAGAUAGAAACACUGCAACAAGGCAUUCUCAACAACACCGAUGAGAUACGAACAUUAAAUGAUCGCAUCAAAACCUAUCAAAAUGAAUUGGAGGCGCACGACAAAACCGAGAAAAUGCUGAAGGAGAAAUACGAAAAAAUACUCGUACAACAUGAAGACACCAAACGCGACAGGCGCGAGACAGCCGAUCACCUGGAAGCCAUGCAGAAUAAGAUCACGGUGAAAGAAUUCGAAAUGGGCAAAUUGGGCGUGGAAAUAAUCGAAGUGCGCAAGAAGAAUGAUGAGCUGGAGAAGCGCAUUGACACGCUCCUAACGGAAUUCAAAACCGAAAAACAUAACUACGAAUUGGCCAUAAAUACGCGCGAUGAACGCAUACGCAAACUAACGGACGAGCGUAAUACGGUGGAGGAAAGCUUCGGCAAGCUGAAGAAAGAGAAUGAGCUUUUGCAACAGGACUUUAAGGAGGCAAAAGCGGAGCUGAGUGCGGCGCUUAAGACAUUCAAUGCUUUGAAUAUGCUAUUGUGCGGCGAAAAAUGCAAUACCUCCGUUAAUUUGGCGCAAAGACUGUCGGAAGUCUUAAGCAGCAACAAACGCUUAGCGGAGGAGAAACUGCAACUCAAUAAAAAAUUGGAGCAUAUGAGCUGUAAUCACACCGAAACGGUUUCGAAAAUGGAAGUUGUGGAACACCAAAUGAAGAAUCUCAUCACAGAAAAAGAGGAAGUAGAAGCCAAUUACAAAGCGCUAUUGGAGCAGAGUGACAUGAAGCUGAAAAGUGCGGAAGAUCAAAACAAAAUUUACGAGGAAGACAUUGGCAAUUUGAAAGAGGCCUUCAAGCAGGUCACGGAUGAGAUGCAAAAUGCGCUACAGGUGAACACCGAAGACCACACAGUGCGUUUGAUGGAACUUGGUGUUGAGCACGAACGUGUUGUGAAUGCGCUGCAGGUAGAGCUUACCGCCACCAAAGAAGAGUUGAACCUUAAGGAACACAAUCUGAAGACGCUCAUGGAAGAGAGUAGCGUAGUCAAGAAGAAACUGGAAGAGAGCAUUAAACGCUUGGAAGAAGUACAAAACGAACACUUGCAAGUUGGCAAAGCCAGUAGUGAAAAGCUCAAAACUUUGGAGGCACAAAUGGAUGAAGUAGUAAAGGAAAACAAAACGCUGCUGCAUGAAAUCGACACCUUCAAGGCUGAACACAACAAGGUCAAUGGUAAAAUACUCGAAGCCGACAGCGCCUUAAACGAACUAAAUGCGCAGCUGCUGCAACAGUUAGAUCACAAAGGUGAAUUGAGCGUGAAGCUGCAGGCAAGUGAAACGCGGUUAUUUGAAACCGAGCAAAAGCUCGAGAACAUACUCACGGAGAAGGCGCACACUAUAAGUGGUCUGAAAACCGCGUACGAGAGUCAAACAGCCGUGCUGAAACGCGCCGAAAAUCAAGUGAGCACAUAUGAAAAGGCGAACUUGAAGCAAACACAACAAAUUGCCACAUUGCAGCAGAAUUUGCAAAAGGUCAGCGAGGAAAAGGAGCGGCUGAGCAAAGAUGUCGCUUCGUUCACAUCACAAUUGCAGCGUGAGCAAGAUGAGAAGUCGGCGCUGUUAGCCUCGUUAGAGCAGACAGCCGAUCAACUGAAGUUGGCGAUCUGUGAGAAGGAUCAGCAAGCAAAGAUAUUGGAAAAAAGUUGCGAUGAGCUCAAUAAUCAACUGCGAGAUGCCAAUGAAGUUGUCGCUAAGCUACAAACUGAUAUCUCAGCAAAAGAGGCACAACUGCAGCGGCUGCAAGAAGAGCAAGAGCACGAACGCGAUAAUUGGCAGACGAAAUUGUCGGAAAUGAUGCGCAUGCUUGCCGAGCAGUCGGUGGAGCAGGAGAAUAAUGACGGCAUAUUGCAGCAAAUCAUCACGGUGAUCGAGAAUCACUGCAAUUCAGUGGCCGAUGCGGAGAAGACGCUAAUCGAUGAGUUCAUAAAGGUGCCCGCGUGUGAAAAGGAUACGCAACUGGGUAAACUGCGUGGCGCACUAAAUGGGCUGCUACAUAAUAUCGCACAAUUGCACACACAACUUGACCAGACCGAACAGAAACGACAGGGCGCUGUUGAGGUGCUGGAAAAAGCGAACGACAAGUUGAACAAUCAGCUGCUCAGUCGAAAUGCCGAAAUUACCGAGCUGCAACAGCAACUAAUUGGUGAGCGUAAGCAAAGCGCCGUGGCGGAACAUCUGAAAGACGAACUCCAUGAUUUGAAAGCUUUCAACGAAAAGUUGAGAGCGCAGCUGGUACAGCUCGAGCACGAGUACAGCGCGGUUAAAGAGCAAUACCAGAACGCCGCAAAUGCGCUGGAACGCUUGGAGCAGGAGAAGCAAGAAGUGAAAAACGAACUGCAGCGCGCCAAUGAAAAUGUCACGCGCCUCAUACAAGGCAGCGAUGCCUUGAGGCAGGAGAAAGACACGCUCGUCGAACAGCUGCAAGAGCUGCGUCUACAGCUCACACAAACCAGCGUGCAGCACAGUUCAACCGAGUCGAUGGUGAAGAAUAUCUUGCAGAAUUCCACUACACUGGAGCGUAAGCUGGACGCCACCGAAAACGAGUUGAAAUUGCUGCGUGUGCAAUUGCAAACGCUGGAGAGCAAGAAGGAGGAAUUGGCUGCUGAGAAUAUCAAGUUGCGUGAAACACAGGAGGCUUAUCAGAAACGUAUUGAAAAAAUGGCUGUCAAGUUGGGCGAUACGCAAGCGCGUUGCUCGAAGAGUGAGCACGAAAACGAAAAGCUCAACGAGACGCUGAAUACAACAAAGACUAGUGUCGAGAAGUUGAAACGCGAAAAGAGCACGCUGGAGACUGACAAACAAGUGCUGCAAGAGCGCGUAGCCGCCACAGAACGCAGCCAACAACAGCUAAUCACGAAGGUGCAUCAACUCGAGCAAACGAAGCAGACACUCGAGACGGAGAAAAAGCAAUUAGAAGCCGCUGAGGCAGAUGUUAAAGCCAAACUGACAAAACUCGAGAAAAUACGUCAAAUGAAUGAGGAGAAAAUACGAAAGUUGAACUAUUCGCUAGAGACAACUGAAGCGAGCAAUGUGCGUUUGAAUCACGAAAUCGGUGCCAUCAAUUCGCAACUGAAUAAACUGCAAAACACCAUUAGUGCAGACAACACUGCCGAGAAGUUGAAGGUCGCACUUGAGGAACGCGAACAAGCGCUGGCACGUGCUAACGAAUACGAAGCGCUUGCAAAUAAGCUGCAAGCCGAUGCCGAACAAUUGCAAGAGCAAAAUUCCAAUAUCAACGAUCAACUAUCGAAAAUCUCUUUAUCACUGCAGAUAUCACAGGAGAAAUGCGAAAAGCUGUCACAACAAAUGUGCGACCUCGAGAUGGACAUGUGCGCGCUGAAGGAGGAGAAAGCGCAAAUUGAAAACGAACACUUGAAUACCUGUGCCAAGUUAAAGGCAUACGAAGUGCAAAAUAAUAACUUGCGUUCGGAGCGUGAAGAGAAAGUUGUCGUACUCGAAGCGCAACUGGAACAAAUUCGCAAGGAGUUAAGCAUUAAAGCCGAAGAGAUUACAACACUGCAGUCGGAGCGUGACAGCUUGCGCUGUGGCAAUGAAGAGGACGACGAGGAGCUGGAGCAAUUGCGUAAACGUUUGGCUGCUGCCGAGAAGCAAGUCGAGUCGGAGCAGCAGGCCAAUACCCAACUGCGUGUGGACAAUCAAAUUUUACAAGCCAAAUAUCGCGAUUCCAAGCAACGUCUGCAGGAGCAAACCGAAAAGGCGGAGGAACGCAUCAAAGAGAAUCGCCUGGAGAUGGAAGUCAAGUUGGAUAAAAUGAAGAACAAAAUGAAAACAUUAUACACCGACGAAGUGACGAAAAUGAAAGGCAAACAAGAUCGCGAAGUCAGCAGCUUACGCGCCGAUAUGGAUGUGCUGAAGGCACAGAAUGAAAAGUACGAGGAGCAUAUACGCAAGCUCUCCGGUCAAAUAAUGAAGACGAAUGAUCGCAUAUUGGAAUACCAGAAGCAAAAUGCCAUAUUGUCGACCAAACUAAAUAAAUUGCAAGAGACCGCUGCGGAUGUACACUUCAAACGUCCCAGUUUUGCGACAAAUUCAUUGCCGAGAUCGCUAUCGUCGGCUGUAUCUAAUGCGGCGACCAGCUCCAAUUUGGCAAUGGAGGAUGAAGAAGGUGAAAUUUUCAAUAACACGUACCUGACCGAUUUGCAAACGGGCCGCAUGUCCAUGUGCCGUGAUGUUUGCACCGAGGAGUUGCAAUAUCGAAACUCGCUGUUGCCACCGCACCUGAAAAGCGCAUAUGCUGCACAAUACGACCACGGCUUAGCCGAAGAUGAGUUGAAAGAUGGCCCGAACAGCUUGGAUGAUAGCAUGAGCGCUUUACUAAGUACAACGGGUGGUGGUGGUGCGCGCAAGAAACUCACCGGCAUCACGAAUUAUAAGCGUCCUGGUCCGCCGACGCCGAGCAAACAUGGCGGUCGGCUCUCGUUGGGCGGCAGCUCGGAGCCGCCACGCGAAAUACUAAGAGAAGUGAAUGAUUAUGGCAGCUCAGCAAAAACCCCGGUGCGUUUUGGCUUCUUCGCGUCGAAAUUCAGCAUGGGCAAUAGCAAUCCAAAGGACGAGGCUAAAAAAUUGUCAGCUGAUCUGCUUAAGGCUGUGCAAAGGAAAAACUUCGAAGCGAUGUGCUUGAAGAGUCCCGACAACAUUUGCACCUCAACGCCGCGCAAAAGCAAAACGCAUUUCGAUCGUCGUGGUCUAUUCAAACAAUUCAUGGCGCUAUCCGGUUCGUCGAUGCUUUCGCUAACUGUUGAGAAGUGUCCGCCGACAACAACGCACACCGAAGAAUUGAAAGCGGUGCCGGUGCCAACACUCUCUUUGGCUGAUGUGUCGGCCAUCAGUCAUGUGGCUGCGUCGCAAACGCAUUUGAAAUUGCUGGAGCAACAACGUGUCGCACGUAAGCGACGUAGCUCACUGUUACGGCUACAAAUCGGACGCAGGUUGAAAAAUUUGCCAGCCAGCAGUCCGAUUACAACGGAUACACCAUCCACCGGCACGCCACAAACACCGCGGAAAGUUGGAAAGAAACCGUUAAAGCCGCUAAUGGAAGACUUCGAACGGCGUCGCGAAGACGUAAUCACUCCCACCACCGGUACAACCACUUCGGCAACUACGGCAACGGCCACCACGACGACUGCCAGUUCAGGCGAUGCGCUGAGACGUGGCAGCGGCUUUGGUGGUCGUCAUCGUCGUCGUUCGAAGCGUGAUCGUGGACCACGCUUGUCGUUGUACGCCAGUGGCGGCGGCCAUCGCACACCGUGUCGCAACAAAUUGCGCGAACAAAUGCGCAAGAAGGCGCACAAACAGCGUCGUGACAAUUUCAAUCGUGCGCGUGCAAUACCAACUGAUCAACGCCUCCAGGGCGGCCAGCAGGAUAAUGAGAGUGUGCGCGAGAGUGAAGAUAACAAUAAUAGUCACACGAUACGACUGAAUGCCACGAUUGUGCUGUCGAAGAAAUGCGAACACCCCGAAGAGUAUGAUAUACCGGAGUAUACCUCGAAUUAUUUCAGUGAAAUUAUAUCCGGUUCGCAGGAAGUUAUUGAAGAGAUCAGCGCUGAACACAGAACAACAAACGCUUCGCUCAAUCGUCAUGAGACCCAUAUUUCACCGGAUUAUGCUUACGAUAUGAACCGGACGCAACUGGCGUUGGAUAAGCAAACCAAAAGAAAUCUCACUGGCGACGAAGAUAGUUUAACAGAAACUUCGAACAACGGUGAAGAAAGUGAAACGAAUGCUGAUGAUAGCGAUUCGUCCAGCUUAAACACUUCACUGCCGGUGGAACGCAGUCUCAGAAACGAGCCAGCGGAUGAACCAUCAACGCUUGAUGAAAUCGAAAUAUACGAUGCUCGCUCCCGGCAUUUCGAACAACUUGCGUCGGAGACUUCAUCGGCGGCACCGUUCGCUGUAACCGACUUUGAAUUUCAUGUUGUUGCCUCGCCGAUAAGACGGCGCUCCGUCAAGCAUAGACAUUCCAUUACAUACACACUCGUGCCGAAGUGCGCCAAAGUGACGCUGCCGGCGAACCUAGAGCUCAAUACACCGCAAGUGUUGUCCAUGAAAGCGCUAGGCGAAAGUGAGCAAAACGAUGGCGACAAAGUGGCGCAGAUUACGCUUGCAGAUGUGGUGCGUUUAUGGUCAAGCAUCUGGGUGCGUUUGGACCAGCAAUUGCAGCUAACCGUCGCAAUUGCGGUCUUUGCGCCGAUAAUCGCCUUGAUCUAUCUGAUCUUAUCGUUAUAUGUGUGAAUAUGUGGUCUUAAUGUAAAACUUUCGUGGUAUGCUUUCAUUUCAGAAAUGUCAUAUUUAUGUCCACUUAAUGUGAUCCUGAAUUGGAUUCAAACUUCGAAACCCUUCAAAAAAAUAAAAUAUUAAUAAAUUAAAAAUUAGUUUUGUCUAAAAUUAUUGUUAAGAUCAAACAAUUGCUUAUGUAUUAAAAAAAACUAUAUUUUUUGUUCUAAUUAGUUCGUUAAUAUCGUCUUGAAGCAUUGAUUUGCUCUGUCGAGAGCGAAACUUCAUGCAAAUCCGCCAUUUUGUUGUUGAUAUCUGUUUGAUUAAUGUGCAAAUUUAGAAAUUUUCAAUUUGCUUAAGGCAAAAUCGCUAUGUAUUUCUAAACUGAUGAUAUUGUUCAAUAAAAUUUUUGAAAACUGAA